GGAGAAGAUACAUCAAAUUCAAAAUUUCUUCGGUGGCUGACUUGUGUAUAAAGUAAAUUCAAUAAUUCUUUCAUUUGCCGUAAAAUUCAAACAUGCUUGAUACGUUUGUCCGUAAAAGCUAUUUAGCGCUUUCGAUCUUUGCGUUGCUGUUAAUGUUUUCAAUCGAUUUUGUGCGAGCAGUAAACAAUUACUUGGACUUAACUAUAUUGCACAGCAAUGAUAUGCAUUCAAAAUUCGCGGCGUGGGAUGGUUUCGGUGGUUUUGCCCGUACAUCGCAUGUAAUAAAGGAGCAUCGACGAGCAGCCAAAAAUGGUGGUCCACCCGUUUUAUAUUUAAACGCAGGUGAUGUUUAUACCGGAUCUAGGUGGUUUAAUUUAUUCAAAGAUGAAGUUGUUACUGACUUCAUGAACGCCUUAAAACCAGACGCAAUGUGUUUGGGCAACCAUGAGUUUGACUUUGGGCUUGAUCCUUUGGUGCCAUUUUUGGAGCAUGCAAAUUUUUCAAUUGUUUUUACAAAUCUAAAAAAUAAAGCCGAUCAUCCGUUGCGUAAGCAUACAAUACCCUCUGUUGUUUUCAAAAUAAAAAAAUUCAAAAUCGGUGUGAUUGGUUAUCUUACUCCAUCAACGGCAAGGUGGGUACCAAAUUGCGCAGUCGAUUUUAGGCCAGAAGUAGAGGCAAUCAAUGAAGAAGCAAACAAAUUACGAAAAAAGGGUGUAAAAACUAUAAUUGGUUUGUCCCAUUCUGGUUUUGUGGACGAUUUGAAAAUAGCUGAAAGUUGUCCACUUCUCGAUCUUGUCAUUGGAGGGCACACGCAUACGUUCUUAUAUACAGGCCAACAGCCAGAUAAAGAGGUGGCAGCAUCGCCCUACCCGACAAUUGUCAAACAAAAAACCGGUAAACAGGUUCCAAUCGUUCAAGCAUACAUGUCCGCAAAAUACUUGGGCAAAUUGGAAAUCCGAAUUAGUAAAAAUGGGAAUAUAACCAUGUGGAACGGCAAUCCUAUUCUAAUGGAUGCAAAAAUUCCUCAAGACCCCGCAUUUUUGGCAUUGGAAAAUAAAUAUCGAAAAAAGGAAGCGAACGGUCCCAAACCAAUUGCUGAAUCAAAAUUAGAUUUUUGUUCGUACCGAUGUGUCUUCUGGGAAUGUGGCAUUGGCAAUAUGAUGACUGAUGCAUUUAUUAAAGCAGCUAAAACAAAAUUGAAUGACGCUUCAUUUGCUUCGUCGGUUGCUUUGAUUACCUCAAGAAACAUUCGCGGUAGACUUAGUAGCGGAUAUCUCGAUAUCGCAGACUUGAGUGGUCUUGUGAAGUUCCCCAGUGAAUUGGUAAUCGUCAAGAUUUCAGGUGAACAAUUAAUGGCGGCUCUUGAACAUUCGGUAGGAAAAUACCCCGGAAAUUUCUUACAAAUGUCUGGACUACGCGUAGUUUUUGAUGUGGCAAGUGAACAGGGUAGCCGUGUUGUGUCAGCGGAAGUUCGUAAUUCGAAUUCAACGUACGAUAAACUUGAUUUAAAAACGGAAUAUAAUGUCAUUAUUACAAAACAUCUAUUUGAAAAGGGCAAUGGAUACACUAUGUUCAGUGAUUGUCAAGCGAAAUUCUUGUCAAUUUCAAUAUUUGAUGCAUUUAAAAGCUACAUUGAGGAGAUGCAAGUCAUCAACCCUGAACCUGUACAUGAAGGUCGCAUAACGGUUCGGAAUCCACCUCCGCUGCCACUUGGUGCACCACCAUUGUAUGCACAUUAUUAAGAUGGAAAUCCUACAGGCAUGCGUGAUCCCAUAGGGUAUCGGAGCUAUUUUGAAAGCUUCACCUUUGGCGAUAUUAUUUCAUAAAUGAAGAGCAAAAAAGUCACCACUUCCAACUUAAAUGAUUUUUCUAUAUAGUUCCAGUGUAAGAGCAGUAUAAUGUAUAAAAACCCUACGCAUACGUCUGGUAACCAUCAAUUUGAAGAAAUUAUAUAAUGUUUUUAAAUUUUGUUAUAAAAUAUGUUCCAUAUUCAGCAAUAAAAAUACGCAAAAGUCAUCUUAGUUUGACUACUUAUGCAAGAUUGGUCAUCAUGCAUUUGGCCUCAAUUCGA